GGAGAGCACAGUUAGCACAAGGCAAAAGAGUGAGAAGAAAGACCCUCAGACCUCUGACAAGUAUAUGGCAUGGUCCUCAGAUUGGCAGAAAGCCCAAACCUUCCUGCAUGGACCAUUUGAUCCACUUUUGACAUAAGGAGAUCCUGCCGUUUCCCCGAAAGCAGUUUAUUAGGUAAAUUAGGACACUCCCUUUGGCUAAGCAAUUUGUUCAUCUCCUCCAGGAAGUCAUAAGCAAGAGAUCCGCCGUAUCCAAAGGAACUCUGAUUCUACACUGCAUCACAAUCCAACUCCUACUCAUGAAAUCUUUUCAGCUUCAGCAAGUUUAAUUAGUGUCACUUUCCCUUCCUUUAUAAAGAGAGAUUUGUCUUUUUUGGAUUAGAAAGGAGUCAAGGAUUUUUAUUUUUUUUUAAUCCUCCUGUGUGAUUUCUUCUUGGGAAUUUGCAAGACACAAUGACUUUUGCUGAAUUCCUGGAGCAAGUUGGCGGCAUGGGCCGCUUCCAGUUUAUCCAUACAGCACUACUUACUAUCCCUAUCCUUUUGAUGGCCAGCCACAACCUUCUCCAGAACUUCACAGCUGCCAUCCCAGGACAUCACUGCCGGGUCCACAUUGCCACCAACGGCAGUGAGUAUCUGAACGCCAGUCAUUUACUAGAAGCCAGCGAUCUUCUCAAGGUUGGCAUCCCCAUGGACAGCAACCAGCAACUGGAAAGAUGUCAUCGCUUUGUGGACACCCAAUGGCAUCUCCUCAGCCCCAAUGGUACUGAGGCAAACAAGACCAAGAUGGGUACCGAGCCUUGUGCUGAUGGAUGGGUAUAUGACAGGACCCUGUACACUUCCUCAAUCAUCAUGGAGUGGGAUCUGGUUUGUGACUCACGGAAGCUUCGGGAGAUGGCCCAGUCGCUCUAUAUGGCAGGUGUGCUGGUUGGAGCGCUGAUUCUCGGCAGGCUCUCUGAUAGGUUUGGCCGCAAGGCUCUGCUCAUUUGGUCCUUCCUGCAAAUGGCAGUCAUGGGGAUUUGCGCAGCCUUCUCCCCCAACUUUGUUUCUUAUUGCAUCUUCCGGUUCCUGAGUGGCAUGGCGCUCUCUGGGUUCGGCCUCAGCAUUGCCUGCUUGGUUGUGGAGUGGAUUCCCACUCAGUACCGCACCAUCACCAUAGCAUGCACUGGCUUUGCGUAUACACUGGGCCAGAUCAUCCUGGCUGGCUUGGCCUACUUAAUCCCAGACUGGCGUUGGCUGCAGCUGGCUGUGUCAGCGCCCUUCUUCUUCUUCCUCCUUUAUUCAUGGUGGCUUGCGGAGUCAGCUCGCUGGCUACUUCUAGCAGGGAAAUCUCACACAGCUGUCCAAGUCCUCCAGAGGGUCGCCCGGGUCAAUGGGAAGCAGCAUGCUGGAGCUGAGAUCACCACUGAAGUGCUGCUUUCCAACAUGGAGAAGGAACUGUCUUCCACUAAAGCCUCUUAUUCCAUCUCUGACUUGGUGCGCACGCCAGCCAUCCGGCGCAUUUGCUGCUGCCUCUCCUUGGUGUGGUUCUCCGUCAGCUUCUCAUACUAUGGGUUGGCCAUGGACCUCCAGAAUUUUGGAGUUAGCAUCUAUCUCAUCCAGGUGAUCUUUGGCGCUGUUGACUUCCCAGCCAAAGUGAUUGUGACCAUCACCAUGAGCUAUAUUGGGCGAAGGUUCAGCCUCAUGUCCUUCCUCAUCCUGGCUGGCCUUGUCAUCAUCGCUAACAUCUUUGUGCCCCCAGAGUUUCAGACUGUCCGGACGUCAUUGGCUGUCAUUGGGAAGGGAGGCCUUGCAGCUGCCUUCAACUGUGUCUUCCUCUUCACGACUGAACUCUACCCCACACCCAUCCGGCAGACUGGGCUAGGUUUUGGUAGCACCAUGGCCCGUGUAGGAGGCAUUGUUGCCCCACUGGCUAAGAUGAUGGAGGACUACUUUUCCCUCCUGCCAUCGAUCGUGUAUGGAGCAGCUCCCAUCAUAUCUGGCAUUGUCGCUUGCUUUCUGCCAGAGACACUUAAUGUCCCACUACCAGAUACGAUUGAAGAAGUGGAGAACAGAUCCAGGAAGAAGAAGAGGAAGAGCGAAGCAGCCGCUCAUGAAAAGAUUCUGCUCCAGAGCCAGGAGAAGCCCCUGUUCAAAGAGGCCUGCUGAUCAACACCUGGACACUGGCGGAUCCUUGAAACAAAUUCUUUUAAAAUAUGUGACUGCCUGCUCUUUUGUACUCAUCCAAAGAAUUCCUCACAAAGGAGAUAUGCGGUGAAGGCUGGAGAAGACAGUAUAAAAUCUCUAUAUAUUCUGAACUUUUUGUUUUAAAAAGAGAGCAUCUUGUUACUUGUGGUUUGUUUUUUCCCCAUCAUCAGGGGAUGGUUCUGAGGGGGUCAAGGGAAAGGGCAGAACUUUAUUUGAGCUUGUUUCUGGCUGCCAGGAGGACUGAGGACUAAUAAAGGCAGCCGUUGAGCAUGUA